CCCGGCCCCCGGCCCCGCUCCCGCUCCCGCCGGGCAGAACUAGAAUCGUGGAGUCACAAUGACAACGUUUAUGGAAUUCAUCCAACAGAAUGAAGAUCGGGAUGGAGUUCGGUUGAGCUGGAAUGUUUGGCCUUCCAGCCGUUUGGAAGCAACCCGAAUGGUGGUUCCUCUGGGUGGCUUGUUUACACCGUUAAAAGAGCGGCCAGACUUACCUCCAAUUCAGUACGAACCUGUGCUUUGCAGCAGAGCAACCUGUCGUGCAGUCUUGAAUCCGCUAUGCCAGGUAGAUUACAAGGCAAAGCUGUGGGCUUGUAACUUCUGCUACCAGAGAAAUCAGUUUCCUCCUUCCUAUUCUGGGAUAUCUGAAAUGAACCAACCAGCAGAACUUCUACCGCAGUUCUCCACUAUUGAAUAUGUAGUCCAGCGUGGUCCUCAGAUGCCCUUAAUAUUUCUUUAUGUUGUGGAUACUUGCAUAGAGGAUGAAGAUUUGCAGGCCCUGAAAGAGUCUAUGCAAAUGUCCUUGAGUCUUUUACCACCUACGGCAUUAGUGGGUCUCAUUACAUUUGGAAGAAUGGUGCAAGUCCAUGAGCUUGGUUGUGAGGGAAUUUCUAAGAGCUAUGUCUUCAGAGGAACCAAAGACCUGACCGCAAAGCAGCUUCAGGACAUGUUGGGCUUAACAAAACCACAAGUUGCCCAAGUAGGUCGUGGAUCUCAGGUUCAGCAGCCUCCUCCAUCCAACAGAUUUUUGCAACCAGUGCAAAAAAUUGACAUGAAUUUGACUGAUCUUUUGGGGGAGUUGCAACGUGACCCUUGGCCUGUACCACAAGGGAAAAGACCAUUGAGAUCAACAGGCGCUGCUCUGUCCAUUGCUGUUGGUCUUCUCGAGUGCACUUUUCCUAACACUGGAGGCCGGGUAAUGUUGUUCAUGGGAGGACCAGCCACUCAGGGACCUGGCAUGGUGGUUGGUGAUGAUCUGAAGACACCAAUCCGAUCUUGGCAUGAUAUUGAGAAAGAUAACAUUAAGUACAUGAAAAAAGCCAUGAAGCACUACGAAGCAUUGUCAAAUCGAGCUGCAGCAAAUGGUCAUGUUAUUGAUAUUUAUGCCUGCGCUUUGGAUCAGACUGGGCUAAAUGAAAUGAAAUGCUGCCCAAAUCACACAGGGGGCUACAUGGUGAUGGGUGACUCGUUUAACACGUCUCUGUUUAAGCAAACCUUUCAGAGAGUGUUCAACAAAGAUUUGCAAGGACAGUUUAAAAUGGCUUUUGGAGGCACGUUGGAAAUUAAGACAUCAAGGGAAAUAAAGAUUUCUGGAGCAAUUGGACCUUGUGUGUCACUCUGUGCCAAAGGACCAUGCGUAUCAGAAAAUGAAAUUGGAACAGGUGGCACCUGUCAGUGGAAGAUCUGUGGUCUGGAUCCCAACACAACCCUCGGUAUCUAUUUUGAGGUGGUAAACCAGCAUAAUGCCCCAAUACCUCAAGGUGGCCGUGGUGCUAUACAAUUUGUAACACAGUAUCAACAUUCGAGUGGACAGAGGCGGAUUAGAGUGGCAACGAUUGCCAGAAACUGGGCAGAUGCACAAACACAGAUCCAGAACAUUGCUGCUUCCUUUGACCAGGAGGCUGCAGCUGUCCUCAUGGCAAGGCUGGCAGUGUACAGAGCAGAGACUGAGGAGGGACCUGAUGUUCUCCGAUGGCUGGAUAGACAACUUAUACGACUGUGUCAGAAAUUUGGAGAUUAUCAUAAAGAUGAUCCUGCCUCUUUCAGGUUCUCGGAAACAUUUUCUUUGUAUCCACAGUUUAUGUUCCACUUGAGAAGAUCGCCAUUCUUACAAGUUUUUAAUAACAGUCCUGAUGAGAGUUCCUACUACCGUCAUCAUUUCAUGCGACAGGAUCUUACGCAGUCACUGAUCAUGAUUCAACCUAUCCUAUAUGCAUACUCUUUCAAUGGCCCUCCAGAGCCUGUUCUUCUGGACAGCAGCAGCAUACUCCCCGAUCGAAUUCUUCUCAUGGACACGUUCUUCCAGAUACUUAUUUACCAUGGAGAGACCAUCGCUCAGUGGCGCAAGGCUGGAUAUCAUGACAUGCCAGAAUAUGAAAACUUCCGACAUUUACUCCAAGCACCUAUUGAUGAUGCACAGGAAAUCCUUCACAGCAGAUUCCCAAUGCCACGCUAUGUUGACACAGAGCAUGGAGGCAGCCAGGCUCGUUUCUUAUUGUCAAAAGUAAACCCCUCACAGACUCACAACAACAUGUAUGCAUGGGGACAGGAGAGUGGAGCGCCCAUCCUGACAGAUGAUGUCAGCCUGCAGGUGUUUAUGGAUCACCUGAAAAAGCUAGCAGUUUCAAGUGCAACAUGAGUAUACAAAGCUUGAAAUGACAUGCUGUACCCACAAUAACUGAGAUGAGGAAAGAAGUUGAAACCCAUUCAGUGCAGUAUGUUAAAGUGUCACAUCUAUAUUGCUUACCAUUUGAAACAAAACAGAUGUUUUGGUGUUGCAUUGGCUGAGCACUCACUCAGUUGGUAACACACUAAAGGAGGACUUUCUGCAAUAUCUGUCAAUCAAAACUGUUUUCAUUAGAUUGUAUAUUCUUUAUUUCUCCUUUAUCUUUAGUUUCAAAGCAUGUUUUACAUUUAGUACUUCUAUAUUGACUAUGGUGAAAAACACUAAUCUAGAGUUUCAAAAUUCCGCCUUUAUGAACAAAUAUCCAAUUCAGUAUUGUUACUUUAUAAUGCAUUUUGUGUUUCAUUUGCUUUCUUGUUGUUUGACUGGUAACGUAGUGCAAACUAUGUUAGUCAGUAUUACAAAAUUUCUAAUAAAACAAACAUUUAUGGCAUGCAUAUCA